AUAAUUGCGGUUUGCAAGGUAUAUUAUAUAAACAGUUAGGGUAAUGCAUUCAUGUUACCGACAGUUCACGAAGGGGUGCGAUAUGUCACCUGGCAAUUAAGCGCUCAGCAUCGAACGACCAGAAGAGAACAGCGACCUUCGCGGACCUCCUUUUUUCAAUUCACUAGGGAUGGAUCCGGUACAAUAAAACGCAAUUUAAAAUCCCAGGCAGCGGAUCCCUAGCGGCACGGGAAGGGCGUCUCGUAAGCAAAGUGAACCUGACAUCACAUUGCGCUUCGUUACAUAGAUCCAUAGAACCACCUCCCCCUUAUCCAUUUUGAACAGGCUGUCUAUAGUCACUCGCACUUUCUCACUCAACACGAGAGGCUGAGGCGGAUCUAGGGAUUUAGUGAAACAGAAAAGGCUGCCGCCAGAGCCAGCAGAGCACGGGAGAGCAGGGGAUACUAGAGACUGAGCUAAUUCCCCCCUCAUAGCCACUUCUCGUGUACAGCUGUAGGGCAGCGUCACAGCUUAUCUACAGAACAACCGCGUCGGGUUACUUCUGCUCUUCGUCACGAGAGAGAGAAUACAGUCUCGUUCGAUCAUAUGCCAGCAAUGCCCAAGGCCAGACCGUCCGAACUGGGUGCACGGGUGCUGCAACAAGCUUUCCCAGGCAACAUGGAUUGCCACGAGUGUUCCCGGCUGGAAUCUGUAGAAUGAAGGUUUUGGAGAGACGCAGAGCGCAGAGAUGUCGGUGCCUUUACUCAAGAUUGGGGUUGUGCUUAGCACAAUGGCUAUGAUCACCAACUGGAUGUCGCAGACGCUGCCCUCCUUGGUGGGACUCAACACCACCAAGCUCGCGGCGGCACCUGGAGGGAUACCAGAUCGGAGUACCGGAGUGCUGCCAGCGAACCCAGAGGAGUCCUGGCAGGUGUACAGCUCAGCCCAGGACAGCGAGGGCAGGUGUAUCUGCACAGUGGUGGCACCCCAGCAGACCAUGUGCUCGCGAGACGCCAGGACCAAACAGCUGAGGCAGCUGUUGGAAAAAGUCCAGAACAUGACACAGUCCAUCCAGGUUCUGGAUCAGAGGACCCAGAGGGACCUACAGUACGUUGAGAAGAUGGAGAGCCAGCUGCGAGGUCUGGAGACCAAGUUCCGACAGGUGGAGGAGAGCCACAAGCAGAACAUUGCCAAGCAAUACAAGGCAAUAAAAGCGAAAAUGGAGGAACUUAGGCCAUUGAUACCAGUGUUGGAGGAGUACAAAGCCGAUGCAAAAUUGGUAUUGCAGUUUAAAGAGGAAGUCCAGAAUCUGACGUCAGUUCUAAACGAACUUCAGGAGGAGAUGGGAGCCUAUGACUACGAGGAGCUACAGAACAGAGUGUCAAAUCUUGAGGAGAGGCUCCGUGCAUGCAUGCAAAAAUUAGCUUGCGGCAAGCUAACAGGGAUAAGCGACCCUGUCACUAUAAAGACGUCUGGAUCAAGGUUUGGAUCCUGGAUGACCGAUCCCCUGGCUCCUGAGGGAGAUAACAGGGUGUGGUACAUGGACGGCUACCACAACAACCGCUUUGUGCGCGAGUACAAGUCAAUGGCGGACUUCAUGACCUCGGACAACUUCACCUCGCACCGCCUCCCGCACCCGUGGUCUGGCACUGGUCAGGUGGUCUACAACGGCUCCAUCUAUUUCAACAAGUUCCAGAGCCACAUCAUCAUCAAGUUCGACUUCAAGACCUCCACCAUCAGCAAGUCCCGCCAGUUGGACUAUGCUGGCUACAACAACAUGUACCACUACGCCUGGGGGGGGCACUCCGACAUCGACCUGAUGGUGGAUGAAGGCGGGCUCUGGGCCGUUUACGCCACCAAUCAGAACGCGGGGAACAUUGUCAUCAGCAAGCUGAACCCCAACACCCUACAGAUCAUCAAGAGCUGGACCACCAAUCACCCCAAGCGGAGCGCCGGGGAGGCCUUCAUGAUCUGCGGCACGCUCUACGUCACCAAUGGCUACUCCGGCGGGACCAAGGUCUACUACGCCUUCCACACCAACUCCUCCACCUAUGAGUAUAUCGACAUCGCUUUUCAGAACAAGUACUCGCACAUCUCCAUGCUAGACUACAACCCCAAGGACAGGGCCCUCUACGCGUGGAACAAUGGACACCAGGUGCUCUACAACGUUACCUUGUUCCACGUGAUCCGCUCCGAGGAGCUGUAGAUGCCCGUACAGAGACCUUCUAUUUGUCACGUGGCCCUUAAAUGUAGUGGGAUUGUGCUAAGGAGGAGCAAAAGAAUAAAUAUCCGUUCGCAAAAAACUAUAUGUGAUGUAUGAAAAGAAUAUCAAACACGGACAGAUGCCUAAAGGUCACGCCUUUCUUUUUUUUAAAAAAACAGACAUUUGAACUCAAGGUUGCUACUGAUGACUGUGUUUCAGAAGCAUGGCUUCUUCUGCUGUUUGAACAUCCAUCAGAGACAGAGGCUUGAUGACAAAUUGGAGUACUUUGUCUGCAGAAGGAGAGAGAUGAGGGAGUACUGUGCACUGAGGAACACACAAUGAAAAACAACCCAAGCAUAUCCUUUUUAUCAGUAGCAAAUAAAACACAUCUUAAGAAAAAACAUGAAAAAACAUCAGCUAAAGAAAUGAAGGCAUUGACUGUUGAGAGCACCCUGUUCAUGAAACUUGUCCUGCUGGUUAUGUGUGGAGCUCUUCUCCCUUUCUUUUGCAUGGGCCUUUUAUAUUAACAUAGUCUGCUCUUAUGAAUGUUUUUGCUGUAUGAUGCUAUAAAAUUAAAAGGGGGCUAGUUUAGAGACUUGUGGGGCAAGCUUUUCUCUGGUUUUAGUUGUUGUCCUUUCAGUUUCUCUGUUCCUGUAUCACCUUACUGUUGGUUCUGACUGUGCUACUACUGUCUUUGUUGGAUUGGACUGUACAGAAAGAAUCUAUCUAGCUCAUACGUAUCUUUCUAUUUAAUGAAAAAAAAUAUCUAUAUAUAACAGAACGUAUCAAGCGAUGUAUCUAUAGGGCGAUGAUGUAUUUGUUGGCUCCUCUUUCAAACUGAAUUCACGAGUCGGCUAUUUGUGUUCCCUAGCAGAGGUAAAUGGCUUACACUUUUGCGCUUACUUGGAUGUGUGUUGUACCUGCGAUGAGAUAGUUUGUGUUAAUAAACAGAGGAUCUUUGUUCUGA